AUGGCAUUGCAAGGGUCCUCGGAGGCCGUGCUCUGCAAGGCCUUCCCCGCAACACUCCGAGGGACAGCUCGGCUUUGGUUCUCUGGAUUAAAGUUGAGCAUUGUGUCCUCCUUCGAACAGCUCGGUAUGCAACUCGCCACCAACUUUGCUGCCAGCCGACAUCAGCGGCGUACGUCGGACUCCCUUCUCGACAUCAAGCAAAAAGAGGAAGAGUCCCUCGAAGACUACAUCGACCGCUUCACCGCCGCAACCUGGGAGGUUCGCGAGCUCGAUCAGUCAACAGCCAUGUCAGCGUUAAAGACAGGAGCUCGCUCCAAGAGGUUCCUCUUCUCCAUUGAGAACAACUUUCCCGCCGACUUCACCGAAAUGUUGGCCCGAGCUCGGAAGUAUGCGAAGGCUAUCACCUCCAGACGAAGUGCGACCGAGCAGGCCUCGAAGAAGCAGAAAAGGCGCCGCGAGGAAAGCGGCCGCCCGAGAAGUCGGUCCCCCCAUCGAGAGAAGAAUCUAUCGCAUCUGAGGAGUCCACCUCGUCAACAGGCGCAGCCUUGA